GGGCCAGGGGAGUGAACAAACCGGGGAGGUGUGUUCAUACCGCAAGGGCUGUUUUCAGUACUACAUUGGGAUGACAAGAGAAUCUCCCAUGCAACUUUACCAAUCACAGACCAGAACGCUCACAAAACACUAAGGUAAGGCUGUGUAGGGCAGAAUGGCGCAGGAACACCCCUGUCGAAACUGCCUGGUCGGGGUCUACAGUUGCCAUGGGAAGGACAGAAAACCAGGGAAAUGGCAGUGUGCAUGCUGCUGGUUCACAUUCCAGUCCUUCAUCUUUCUGCUGACUCUUUGGUGGAUCUAUGUGUGCUGGGCUGCCUACAAUGACCGGGACGAUUUCAACACGAAGGUGUUCUCAAUUCUUAGCAGCAUCACAGGCAUGUAUGUCAACUGGUUUUUGGUGGUGCUGAUCGUGACUUCAGUGGUGGUCAUCUACUGCUGCCUCCUGCUGGUGUUUGCGCUGAUCCAGGUGGCUCUUAAAGAACCUCUGGACAUGCACUGGAUUCACAAGGUCCUGCUGUUCUUGGCAGUGGUAAUAGUAGCCGCUGGGAUUGCUGGGAUAUGUGUACGGUGGAUGGAGGAGUGGGGCACAGCCUUGCUGUCAUUGCAGGUGACGGCCCCUUUUCUCCAGCUGGGGGGGGUGGCUGCCGUGUCGCUCCUCGGCUGGUUUGUGUUCCAGAGAUUCUUCAUGGCCAAGAGGACAGUCUCCAGGGUGUUUAUCCUCAUGGCUUACCUCAUCGUGGUGGCUGCUGUGUUCCUGUCUCCGUUGCUCAUCACAUCUCCCUGCCUCCUGGAGAUAAGGGAGUUACCUCCCAAACCUGCCCUGAUCGGCCACCGGGGGGCGCCCAUGCUCGCUCCAGAGAACACAAUGAUGUCGUUCCAGAAGAGUAUGGAGUGUAAGGUGGUUGCCUUCGAGUCCGACGUGCUGCUCAGCUGGGACGGAGUGCCAUUCCUGAUGCACGACGAUUCCUUGAAAAGGACGACGAACGUGCUGGAGAAAUUCCCAGAGAGAGCCAACAACAGCAGCUCCACCUUCAGCUGGAAGGAGCUGCAGAGCCUCAACGCUGGGGACUGGUACCUGGAGAAUGACCCCUUCCAGACAGUCUCCUCCUUCUCAAAGCUGGAUCGAGAGGAAGCCAGAAAUCAGAGCAUCCCGUCCCUGAGGGAUCUGCUGAACCUGGCCAGGAAGCACAACACCUCUGUCAUCUUCGAUCUGAAAAAACUCUCGCCGGGACACCCCUACGAACACAACUACACCCAGCGCACUAUCGAGACCAUUCUCAACUCCAGCAUCCCGCAGCAGCUGGUGCUGUGGCUGGUGAAUAAGGACAGAGACAGAGUGGCAGCGAUGCCCCCUGGCUUCCAGCAGGUCUAUGCUGACAAGGAGGCCAUGCGGGUCGGUGGGGGUGACCGGCUCAACAUACGACACUCCUUCCUGAGUGGCCAGGAGAUUCGGAACCUGACUCAGAGUAACGUGACGGUGAACAUGUGGGUGGUGAAUGAGCGCUGGCUCUUCUCUCUGCUGUGGUGCUCCGGGGUCUCCUCCGUCACCACAAACUCCUGCCAUCGACUCCGGGACAUGCAACGCCCCAUCUGGCACCUCGCACCCGACACGUACCGAGCCAUCUGGAUCACAGUGGACUGCUUCUUCCUGCUGGUCGUUCUGGGCUUCUUCCUGCUGCAAAGGAGGCGCUUCAGAAACAACAGAGGGGGACGCGCUGAGCACAUGAAUGGCUUUACAAACUUACUGACGGGUGAGAUGGACACCUUUCUGUGAGGGCCCGGGCCGGGCCGGGCCAGCAGAUCCAAGGACUGUCUGAAGGAGUCCCUGCUGGAAGCAGCAGCAGCAUUCGGAAUGCUUUCUGUUCGGGGCUGCUCAACAAUAUAUUUUUCUGGGAAUGGAGUAGCUGAUUUGGGAAUCUGUAUCUCUGGGGAUACUGCAACUCUCGUCAAGACUGGAAGGAAGUUUUUGUUCGGGGGGUGGGGGUUGGGCUUGGGUUACCUUUUCUCUGAACAUUUGGGGGGCACUAUACGGUACCCCCCUUCAACCUGCUCUUGAAUGUACUUUAACAGACCGUGCCGAACCCCCACCCUUCCUCCUGUGGGGUGCAGGCAGGACCUGUUUGGUCACUGAAGUUCACCAUUACUGCUGUGGUUAAGGUUGUGUUUGAAGGUGUUUACUGCUGUAUACUGGUCAACAAAAUCUGGAUAUUUCAGACAUAUUUAAAACAUUAGUAUUAACAAUCCUGAAGUACACACAAAUAUGAUAUACUGUGUGUGUGUGUAUAUAUAUAUAUAUAUAUAUAUAUAUAUAUAUAUAUAUAUAUAUAAUAUAAAAUCAGUGUUUCCAUUUCAAGUGAUAGAAUAUACCUCAGAUAAGUACUGUGUAUCUGUAUGCUCAAAAUGGAAUAUAGAACAGGAUGGAAAAAGCUAAAUAUGCUAUUUAUCAUGUGUUCAUUCUUUCCAUACCACCCCCAGUUUAGAUAAAAAUGUGUUUCAUGUCUCCUGGGGCAAGCGUUGGCAAGAGUGCCUUCCAACACUUUGUAGACUCUUUAGGCAUGUCCAUGUGAAUAUUCAAGCUCGCUACUGGGGAUUCCCACACUGGGGGCUAUUUUUGGCAGGAUAGUGUGGUAUUACUGAAUUGUCAUCACAACAAUAGCACUGAAUAUUCAAUAACCAUGUUGCUCCUGAUUUUUUUUUUUUAAUUCUGUGUUAAUGCUACACAAUGAGAAAUGCAAAGCUUAAGGAGUGUCUAAUAUAUAAUAUAAUGUAAUGAUCCAGUCGGUGUCGGACAUGAAUAACUACGCGUUGCUUAUCUAUAUUCAUUCUUUUUAAUAAUCACAGUGGAAUGGGGUGUCACAAAAGAUCAAGGUGGCGAUACUAAGAUCUGACGCUGUUUAGAUCAUUAAAAUAGACCCCCUUGAAUUACAUUGCUUCAUUGGAGUAAUCGCACUGAAAAAAUGCAUCAUCAUUUUACUCCAACAAAUACAUAGCCCUGUUUUUUUUGUUGACCAGUAACCCUGUUAUUUUCAUACAUUAUAGAAAUACCUGGUAUUUUUGUAUUAAAUAAUAAUGUUUUGAAUAAAUAUCUUCUAGAUUCUGGUGAAAUGAAUUUGAAAUGCAGGCAGUUGUGAAGUAAAUGUAAAUAAUGUCUAAUAAAAAUAAUGAAGACAAUA